AUGGCACUAAAGAAUUUAACCAGCAGUAUUAAAGUCAAUAGCGAACAAGCUCCAAACACUGAAAGUGAUGAAACAGCAGAAGGCAAUGAAAAACCAAAACAAUCAUUCAAAGAAAAAGUUCAAAGAAAUUUCUAUUCAUUCAUCGUUUUUGGUAUUUUAUCAUUUGGUAUCUCUGUUUAUUUGUCAGCACACGAUGAUACAGAAUUCUAUAUCAGAAAUCUUGAAGAUAUUAUGUUAAAAAUUUCAAAGAUUACCGAUUACGACCUUUUAGUUUCAAAAUUAACAGAUUUAUCAGAAUUAUCCGCGACAAAUACAAGUUUAAGAAAAUUACUUGCAAAUGAAAAAUAUAUCAAUCAACUAUUAGAUAUUAUUUUAGAAUAUUCAGAAUUAGAAAUUAAUAAUAAAUCUGCUAAAACCAUUGAAAAUGCAUCAGAAUAUAUUACCGACUAUUCAGUAUUACCAAAAUUAUUAGAAGUUGCACAAUUAAAAUAUAUACCAUCAUAUGUCAAAAAAACAUUAGCAACAGCAAUUUGCAAGAUUGCAUUAAGAGAUGAUGAAGCUAGAUUAAAAUUAGCAAGUCUUGGUGCAAUCGAAUUUUUAGAUGAGUUGGUUAAUAGUAGCGAUAAAUAUAUUAAAACACAACUUUUCAGAACAACACUUUUAUCAAUUUGCUCAACAUGCGAACGUAUUCCAACCACUAUUACAUCAUUAAAACCAGAUAGAGAGGUAUUAGUAAAGAAAUAUGCAAAAGAAGAACAAGAGAAUCAAGGUAGUGCAUUUGAAUUAAAGAAACGUGAAUUAAUUCAAUCAGGCUAUCAUCUCUAUUUACAUACAAGUUUUGGUGGUUUCAUCUGGGGAUGCUUUGAAUCAAUGAGAAAUAAUUUACCAUUAAGAGCAAUUCUCUUGAAUGGUUGCAAAAACUCAAUUAUCACUGCCGCUUUACCAAUUAUUUUUGUUGGUCUUAUGACAACCUAUGCUAAUGAAAAAAUUAAAACCAUCGAUACUACCAAAGGUAAGUUCGAAUUUUAUUUCGCUGGUCUCUAUUCAUUAUUCCCAUGGUACUACAUCUUACCUGCAAUCGAAAGAUUUUCCCCAUAUUGGAUUGGUGGCCAUGUAUUAGGUUUCAUGUCUUUCUUUAGUUAUUUAGCUUAUUCAAAAUAUGACAUCUUUAAAUCAGAUACCAUCUUAAUAGAAAAAGAUCGUUUAUUACCAACUCGUGAAGUUUUAAUUCAAAAUAUUAAUAGAGAAGAAAAUAAGAAAUAA